CUGGACAAUAUCAUCUGUUCAGUGAUCUCGAGUUUCGAGGAUGCAUUAUCAUUGUUCAAGAUAAAGAAAAUCCGACAAAUAACUAGACAUGACAUAUUUAAAUUGAGCCCUCAUUCACUGAACUUCUCUUCUCUCAUCAUCCUCAGAUCAGUCUCAUUUCGAUCCGACGAUAUCACUUGCAAGCAUCCCACUCGUCGAUCUCAUUUCCUAUUACACAAAACAUAAAAUGUCUUUCCGAAGACUCUCUGCCCGUCGCGGAUCUCACUCUGACGUUCAACAGCUAACCAUCGGCGUUUGCACACCAACUAUGGAAUAUGGUCCAAGCCACUGGAUUCUCAUGCUCGCAGAGCGCGACGCCGAGUACGCAACCUGGUACCACUCCUCGGGUGGUCCUACGAAACGCAGACGCUGGGAAGUCGUAAUUGAAAAUGGACGACUCAACAGCUGGGAAGUUGACAGCCGCUUUUACGUCGCUGAAAUUUCAGCUCGACAUGGACGAAAGGUAAAGGCUUCUGCGAGAAGAAUUCCAGGUGGGUUUUGUCAACGAUGGGUUGUUAAUGUGCUCUGGGAUUUGGAGAUGCAGGAAGUUGUUCCUUCUGGCACGACGAAGAGAAUCGCUGAAGUUAUGGAAGAGGAUCCUUAUGCUGAUGCGUCACCUGUUGUCGCGGAGCAUGAAGGUUUCCAGGACAAGAUGUAUGACUGGGUCGAGAAGCAUUGCUUGUCUAGGCUUGGGUCACCUAGACGAUAGAAGGACCUCAUGGCGCAGGUCGCCGCAGGUUCUUACUUCUUUGAGCUCUCAAAAGGUAAGUAAAGGAAUGUAUAUAUAGGCUAUAUGAUAGAUGAAAUGAACGGGCUCGGAAACCUGGCGACGAAGUAUUGUCUCAUGAAAGGAUGAACUGAAGGCGUUAUGAGUGAUUGUCAUAGUUUAGGCCUUCUUUAGGAUAAAAUACCCUAAAACUUUACCAUCACCACCCUUUGUCCCGCACAACCACAUCAUGUAUUG